GGAGAGCCAAGGAUUAAUUUAUAGAAAAGAAAAAGGACCAAGGAACUACAAGUUAUGUACUCUUGAUAGUAUCUAGUCACAUCGGUGGACUGUUACUCUGAACUCAUAUCCAUAUGUUCCUUUCCUCUCACUAAUAACGUAAAGAAGUACUUUUUCCAUGUUUUCACCUUUCGGGUAGCCAGUCAUAUGAUAGUUUCUGCAACUCUGCAUGCACACUCUUCUAGCGUUUAGGCUGUGUUUGGAUCUAAACUAUUUAUAUAACUGUGCCGCAAUAGUAAAGUGCUGCGUUGUUGGUUGUUUUCUGCGGCCUUUGCUAGUAGAACCGCGCGCGUCUAGCCAUUUCAAACGCCUUUUCUCAUGGUACUGAUCUGAUCGAAAGAGAUCUUGUCGAGUUCGAGAUGAGCACAACAUGAAUGCAGGUUUAAUGAUCCACAAGAGUUCUGCAGAGAAGAAGGCCUUGUUUAUCCCCACUAUUCAUUGGCCGAGCUAAAUUCCUUCUUGUAACAGUUAUUGCAUCUAUCGUGGAAAGCGGAAUUUCCACUCUUGAGGAAAGUAGAUGAGAGAUGGCAUUGGCCUUUAUCCAUCCAAGAGUGCAUGUAAUUGUACUACAACUUGUACAAGUCAUGUAUAUGGGGGAGGGGGUAAUGGACUCUUGGUCCAACUCUGAUGGGGAUAACAUUAUGGACCACACCAUAGUCAUUGUGCAUGAGAACAUAGGACGCACACAACACACAAAAGUUGUGACAAAACACACACACACUCGCAUACACACACACUCGCAUACACGCACGCGCACGCAGUGUACACGCGUUUCUGUCAAUUGUCAUGGCAAUCGUCUGUCACAAUCAUGUCAUGUAGCUUCUUGCUAAUGAAUCUGCUGUCAAAGUUACCCUUGCUUACAAGGCUUAUUUUGUAGUGCCCGUACUUUCGAAUUAAUUUCGUGUCAUGUCGGUCUUGCCAUGAGAAAUGAUUGAGCGGCUCACAUGUCAAAACGCUUCCAAAUCGCAAGUAGCGAGGGGUACUUUUGCCAUCAACGCCGAACUGCCAUGCUGCGUGAGCUUGAAAUGAUCGUAGCUCGUCUGCGGGUGUGAUCGUAUCGAUGAUAAGAACUGCCUGUGUAUUUGCACCGCGGGGUGCGCACAGCCACAGCACAGGCAAGGAUUCGCUGCCCAGCAACCGAGCCGUCUUGACAGCACCACACUGCGCGGUGUUAUCAAGUCCGUUGUUUACUGUCAGACUGAACGGUUCCUUCUCGGACUUCAGUCUUGCCCUAUUUUUAGAGAGAUUUUCUUGAUUGGCCGGUUGAAGGGAGGUGUCCAAGUCGCGCAUGUCGCCUAAGUCUUACCAAAAGUGAGACGCUGUUCUUCUUCGUCGAGAGGAGGGUGUUGCGAAGCUUCGUGGCUACCAUCUCGAGAGGAAGAUGUCUGCAAGUGGCGGAGGCGGAGACGCGCCUGCAGCAACGGCAGCAACGAGCCCUGUUGUCGUGCCGGAUGGAAAGCGUACCACGGAGUCGCCGGCUAUGAAGCGGCGGCACAUCGACGAGGCGUGGACAAUCGUCAAAUCCAGCACACUCUACAAGAAGAGUAAAGGUUUACGCGGCAACUGGCUGAGUCGAUUCUGGAUCCUCUACUCAUCUGGUGAUCUGGUGUAUUACAAUGAUGAGGCAUCGGUCGGCAACAAUGCAAAGUGUGCUGUUGCGGCACAGUUACAAGAGAAGUCUGUACAGGUUGCCCAUGGCCGUGAUAACUGCAAGGACUGCAGCUAUCCGGGCAUGGUUCCCGAUGUGUGCUGCUUGGCAUUCGUCACAGCCAGUCGUACAUACCACAUCUAUUCCAUCUCCUAUGAGGAUGCUAAAGGUUGGAAGACUGCCAUAGAGAACUUCGUGCCAAGUAGCAGUGCGCCUGGUACUCCGUCCAAGAGCCCAAGCACGUCAAGCUCACUAGGCGAAUCCCCUCUUAGUCUUUCUGCCACUAGUGUUUCACCCGAGAGCCAUGGGUCUGGCAAGAAGAAAGAAACUGGUGGUGGCCGCAUCCGCAACUUGAAUUUGGGCCGGCGUGCAUCCUUCUUCACCCGUGACAAGAGCCAGAAGCCCGUUGUAAAGCGCACUGCUGCUGAGGCGCCUGCAGCUCUGGGCAGCACUACUCAACGAGUUACAGACACAUCAGAAUCAGCUACGUCUGCCCAGCUCCAGCAAACUACUACUGCCAUUACUACUUCAGCCACAACUGCUUCGUUGGUAUCGAAUGGCGCUUCUACGGUCAGUGUACAGCCACAGAAUGGAAGCCUGAUGGGACAAAACACAGGGCAAAUACACCCAAAUGAUUUGCCCGUGGUGCCGACCAAUGUAUCCGCUUCUAUCAGCGAGGCCUCCCUGGAUAGUAGUAGCCAGACAGCGGUAGGUUCAUCUGCAUCCACCAGUGAUAUGUCUUCUCAACCAUCCGGUGACCUGACAGAGCAAACGGCACACUCUAGAGACAUCAAUAGUCAAAUUCCAGCGACUGACAGCACGCCUGCUAACACAUCUGCCUUGGCAUCUACAGGCACGCCUAGCCAAGACAGUGAUCUUGAGGAGAAGCAGAGUCGCACCCAAGCAUCGACUUCCUGCACUGGUGCAGGCACUGCUAGCCAAUUACCGUCGGCAGCCCUAGGCCCGGACUCUCAGCCAGUAGCUGGCACAAAGCCAUCAGCAAGUACGAAUUCAGUACUCCCUCCACCUCCUGGUGCAACUGGCCGAAGACGGAGUAGACAGUUAACAUCAAACGAUGAAGCUGUAACUGGUGGUGAUGUAUUAGUUGAACAACAGAAGUCAGUGCGUGCAAAUGAAACCCCUGUGGGACUCAACCAUACCAUUCCCGAGUCGUCUGAAACUGAGACCAGUGCUGAGCAUGUCGGUAAUGCAGAUCCUAGCACACAGUCGUCUGCAAUGCAGGUAUCCACACCAGCGGCGGCAGAACAGAUCAGUGGGGAUGUAACACAUUCUCCACCAUCAGGAAGCGGGUCAGUACAACAAGCGGGACACGGCACGUCUCCACCAGCUGUUGCUGAUGCCACAGCCAAUGCAUGGCAAGGAUCGGUUGAGGAGUCAAUAGUUGCCACUGGGCAGCAUCGGCCGACUCCUGUCGACAGCGUUUCCAAUCCAGCACCUGUGCCAGAAGCAUCGUCACCACUACCUACCCCCGGUGUACUAACUGAAGAGCCCACCCCAACAAAGCAAGCUGUUUCUGUGAUAGCGCCGUUACUACCACCACCGUCAAGUUCAAGCAGCAGAAAGCUCCGUCAGAGGAUGUCACAGGCUGAUCUUACACCAGUAAUAACCAAUGGACCUACCAACACUGGUGAAGACUCUGCUGAUCCCACAUCCAGAUCAGGUCAGGCAUUGCAGCUGCAUACGGACAUCCCUUCGGCAGACACACUGACGCUACAGCAACAAAAUGUGCACACCAUUGCAUCUGCCUCUACGCAGGAGAAAACCCUGCCUUCUGGCUAUAGUGACAUUACAGCCACAAGCGCUAGUGCACAUGAAGCUGAGAACUUGGAAAUCGCCAAGCCUGCUGCGGGUGUGGGACAAGUCUCAGAUGAUGUACCUUUGACUGAUACGGCCGCUGUUCAGACAAUUUCACAUGCCUCUACAUCGCCCAAUGAGAUAAGGUUAGGGAAAAAUCAUUUGACAUCAGGACAAGCAGCCAUGGAAUCACAGAGCAGUCCAGCAGUACCAGGCAAAACACCCAGGAAUGAAUCUGCCGUGAUUGAUGCUCUGGCCGAAUUGGAAAACUUCAGCAACAUGUUGCCACCAGAAGCUACUACUAUAUCAACUGCUCCUGGCUCUCUAGUGGCAGAGCAGGCCGAAUGCCCAUCUUCAGCUGCCAGCCAUUCCGAGGUGGCAACAUCGAGCUGCUCAGAAUCGGCAAUAGCUCAUAGUUCAACUGCCACAGAGUUGGAAACCGAAAUGAUGAGGGAACUGCCAUCGCAACCUUCCAGCCAAGCUGGACCUCCAUUGGCCAGCCAACAUGAAUCCCACAUCAGUGCGCAGCGUGACGAGUUGUCUUCUGAAGAUGCGACGGUUCAAGAUCCGCCAAAGGGACUGCAGACGGUGUUGGAAAGUGAAGUAGAGGACACAGCCAAGCCUGCAUCCCAAGAAAAUAACAUUACUUCAGGCACUUCAAUCUGCACCGAUCAGGCAUCAACAUCAAUGGAAGCCUCAUCGGUCGAGUCCUCAAGCAGCUCAGAUGUCGCUGUCACUAGUAAGCCACCGGCAGUGUUUGAGUCUAAGCUCGAACAAGAGCGCUGGGAAAUGCAGCAAGUCGAAGAACAGCAGGCUCGCUAUCGACGCAUGUCGGCAGUUGAAAGACGAGGCUAUGAAGCCAAACGUAUCCAUGCACAGCAACAGGCCAAGCUGAAGCAGCAGGAACUGGAGAGAGAGCGCCGUAAAGCUGAGGAGGAGCAAGCACUGAAAGCAGCUCAAGCUGAGAUGGAGGGAGUUUCUGAGCUACGCAGGCGCCAGGAAGAAGAAGCACGGGUGCGGCUGGAGAAGAUAGAGGAAGACCGCAAACAACUUGCUUCUGAAGAGCAGGAGAAACUCAGAAAAGCAAGUGGAUCAGAGCGAAAGCUGUCAGUGCGUAGACACCGUCCUUCUGCCGAGAAGCCCAGCCAAUCUUCUCCCCAAAUAGCAGCAGACACUGUUAGCAGUAGUGCCGCCAAACUUGCAACGUAUUCCAUCACGUCUGCAACUAAUGACAAGCGACAUAAAUCAUCUCAAGAAGUAUUGGAUAAAGUUGAAGAAGAGAGACGUGCUGCCGAAGAAAUGGAUCGAAAGAUAGCAGAACGACGGGCCACUCUGUCCAAGGAACGGGAUGAGCAGCGGCAGGCUGCUCGCCGGAGGAAAGAAGCCAUGCAGGCUGAGCUAAAGCAGCAGGAACUGAAGGCCCUCCAGGAGCAGCAACUUCAGGAAGAGAAGCGGCAAAAUGAGCUUGCAGAUCAGAUGGCACAAGCUGCAAGGCAGCGGAAACUGGAGGAGGAGCGCAUCGCUAAGGAACGAGAAGAAAAGCUUGAGGCUGAGCGACUUCUGGCAGCAGACCAUGAAGCCCGCAUUCUCAAUAUCCGUUCAAACCUGUUUCUGGAGCAGGAGAAGGCCCGCAAAAAGCAGCUAGAAGAAGAACAGCGACGCGAGGAAGAAGAGCAGCAGAAGCGCCUGGAAGCAGCAAGGGCAGCUGAAAAACGUAGGGAUGAGGAGAAAGCUGAGGAGCUGAGAAGAUUGAACAACCGACGGAAAGAAACUCAAGGCCCUGAUGCAUCUGCCACUGCUGAGAGGCAGAGACAGCUUGAGCAAGAACGACUUCAGUUCGCUGCAGUUGAGCUUGAAAGGGUACAAGCUGCUGAGGAAUUGCGCCGAAAAAGGGAGCAGGAUAUUGCUGCUCGUGAGCAAGAAAGACUGGACGUUGAAGAACAACGACGGCAAGAGGAGCUGAAGCGGCGAGCUGAUGAGCAAGCAGCUGAAGAAAUACGUUGGCGGAAGGCGUCUGAAAAUGCACAGAAGGCUCAGCUUGGCCAGGUUGCCCUCGAAGAGCAACGUGUUCAACAGCGUCAGCGGGAGAUUGAAGAGGAGCGCCGACGAAUCCAAGAGUUUGACAAAGCUAUUGCUUCUCAGAAAUUGAAAGAGAACAAAGAGGAAUUGAAGAGACUGGAACGAGAACGAGCACAACUCCUGGAGUCCAACCGAGCAAAAGAGGAGCUCGAGAGACGUCUUGCUGAAAAGCGGCUGGCAGAUGAGGCAUAUCGGAUUGAAGAGGCGCGGAUUGCAUCUGAGAAAGAGAAGGAACGCGUUGCUCAACAGAGUAAACAUUUCCUUGCUUCAGAGCAACGGCUGGAGAAGGAGCGGGAAGCUGGUAACAGUUUCGAAGAGCGACUGUCCCAAUUUCGCAAUGUGUUGAGCAAAGGUAAAACCAGUGAAGAAGUAAAAGAUGACAUUGAUGACUUGGACUCUAUUGCACGUCGAGAAUGGGAGAGUCGCAACUCACCUCUGAUGGCAGCUCGACGGCAUUCAGUGCGCCACCCAAAGAAGAAAACUGCAGUGACGAGGAAAGUUUCUAUGGAGACGGAAUCACAAGUACACCUAGGUGACAAAGUUAGUGUACCAACCCAGAGAAAAUCAACAUCAUCCCUGCCUAGCUCAACCAAAGUUGACCUAUCUGUUAGUAGCAAGACCACAGCUCUGGAACCAGCACCUGUCAGUGAGAAGCAAAACGUCGCCUUCAUCCAGGAAGAUCCACUUCGCCCCGCCGAUGAAGGUGAUGAUGAGUCCUCGCCCAGUGUGCACGCGGCCCGUUUGAUGUGGCAAAACCGAACAGGUGAUUCUCCACAGUCUUCACCGACUGUACGCCGAGCUGCAUCGCCUAUAUCCACACCUCGUCAGUCUAGUGCCAGUGGCUCAAAACCAACCUCCAGGUCAUCAUCACCACAUCGGUUAAGCCCUCAAAUCAGCGUGACGACUGCUGGAGAUCCUCUCUCACCGAAGAACAUCAUGCCCGUACCUAGUCCGUUGACACGCUCACGUUGUCACAGUGCAAGUACAGCACCAGCAUCGGCACUUUCAGGAUCUGAUGCAGAAGUCCAAGCCAUCAACGGACUAACAUCGACAUCCUCAUCCACCCAGUGUUCAGCUCUCACCAGUCCGCUCAGUCCAGGUGAAGAUAGCACAUUCAAGUUUCCGCCCAUUCAGCCGGGUGCACCCAUGAGUCGCAUUGCCGCCCUGCGCAACUCGUCCACACGCGUACGCCGCAACUCCCUGCCCACUGUCGAGUGCCCGAAGAACGUUGAGACAGCACGACCAACAACACCGGUCCUGGCCCGUGUCAGUCGUUUGGCAAGUGAGAGCGAGGGUGAGUCAAGUGGUGGUGAGGAGGACCCAUCAACGCGACGUCAGCGCCAGGCAACAAAGUGGGUAGAGAAAGAACUUACAAAGCUAAUCACCACUAUCAAGGACACCUCAAGUACUACGAACAGCGAUGGCAAGUCAAUGAUAACAUUUCAGCAGCUCUUUGAUGUUGCAUCUGAUAUCUUCGAGGCUCUGUCAGGGACACUUCUUACAGCCAGGAAACACAAGAUUGUGGUGUAUGAGGGUGACCUACUGCUGCAAGGCGUUCACAAUAGUGUCGUCAUCACGCUUUUGGAAGACAGCGUUCCCGAUGGUGCGGCCAGUGGCUUCAUCAAACAACGCAAAUCAUCCCUGACACCAGACUCACCGCGUCGCGGAAGAGCCUUCAGCGGAGGAUCGUUACAGACCACGCUAAGCAAGUGUUACAUUUGUGAGAAGACAGUUUAUCCUGUGGAAUAUGUCGGAGUCGAUGAUCGUGCCUUUCAUAAAGCGUGCUUCAGGUGUUUGCAGUGCCAAGUCAAGUUGAACACGGGCAACUACGCAACACUGGAUGGCCGCUACUACUGCAAGACGCACUAUGGUCGUCUCUACAGGGAGAAGGGCGACUAUUCUCUAAUGUAGCAUAUUGACUCGUAAGGUCUUAGACUCCAUUAUUACGUAUUUCAGCUUGGUACCACGACUCGUACCAUACAAGACUAUAAAUACAAUGCAAACCGAUUCUUGCGUUUUCCUGUAUAACACGUGUUGUCCCUACAUGUACCAGGUGUACGUGCAGUGGAGUUAUUUAUUGACAUUUUGUUGCCAUAGUUUGAAUUCUUGCACGUACCGGUAAUAUUAAGUUAAGUCAAUGCUCUAUUAAAACUUGUUCUGUAUGAGUUGAUGAAAUGCUACUUGACCCCGGUGGCAUAUUGCCACAAGCAUAGUGUUUGUGCACUAUCCAUAGUAAUUCCAUGCAUGCUGCAUCAUGUCAUUCUACUCAUACUAGAGUCAUAGCCGGGUUUAGUAAGCUAACUUAAUGCCACACUAGGCGCACUAGUGCAGUACUUCAUUAUCUCUUCGCUUUUUUCUAUUGCUCUAUUACAGUCAGACCUCACAUAACCGCACACAUCCGUUUUCCAGAAAAAUAUCCGGAUAGGCGAGGGAACCGGAUAAUCGAAACACAUACUGUAUGUGUGCAUGGCAUAUGCUGUAAAUCGGUAGCCACCGAUUUUCUACCGGAUGGCGAGGGAUCCGGAUAAACGAGGACCGGAUAAGCGAGGUCUGACUGUACAAUUAUAAUCUGCUCAUUGGUAAGCUCUAUAAUCUUGAAUCAUUUUCUAACUCAUGUUCUCGCAAAUAAUUAUUCGAACUGGAA